AUGGAUUAUGACAACGAUGAUGACAGUUCAGAUAUGGAACUGCGCGAACUGAUCGCCGAAGAAGCUGCACUCCCCAUUUCAAAUCGCGCGGAACCACCCAUCCCUUCACCACCCCACCCCAAGCGCACGAGCGUCAGCAAAGCGCAGCGCUCGGCCAAAGUGGCAGCCCAAGGUCGCCAUGGGCUCAAUAAGGAUGGUGAUACCGAGCCUUCGCGCCGCCGCCGCUCUUCGUCGCGCCGCCGCUCCACCUUGUCACCACCCUUGCAGGUUGCCGAUCGGGGCGUAUCCAUGCGCACUUUGCCCACUGCCGCUGUGACAACGGCUUCCAGCCUCCCAGCCACCAGCCAGGGCCCCGUCCACCAGAAAAGCCCCGCAGGCGGUGUUCGGGGCUUUGUGCCCUCUGGUGGUACCCUUCACAUGAGCUCUGGGGGCCUACUCGCGGCCCAGCCGGUUACUACACUUGCACUUGCCGAUUCUGGUCUAGCCAGCUUGGCCCAUCACGUCCUGCAAGCGACCCAUGGCAAGCCCCCGCUGCGUCCCCCGACGACGCAAUUAGACUUUGUGAUUGCUACUGGCGAGAACGAGGCGGUGGUUGAUCAACGCGCUUGGUCCUUGGACGCUACCGUUUGGACACCGGAGCUAGCACAGACCGUCAUGAAGCGAUUUGCCACCCGUCAGGACGUGGGAUUGGAGCAGUUUCGUUCGGCUGCUCUCUACUGCUACUAUCUCAGCCUGGAACUUGAACGUUUCGGCCCGACGCUUGCCUGGCAGGCUCUGGGCUUGCGCGGCAUGGAACCAUUGCAAUCCAAUCUUCCUGCAACGACUGCGACCUUGCAAGCUGAUGCGAGCACUGCAACUUCAUCUGCAAAAACAGCCACGCCUCGGCACAAGUCGCGUUCGACGCAAUCACAGACCCGACAUCCCUCAUCGACCUCCUCCUCCUCCUCGGUCCAUCACAAAUCAGGCGGGGAGGUCUCCAAGCGACCCAAGUUGCAAUGUCCCAUUUGCGCUGGUCCAGGCCGCCCCCGCGGGGAGACGGGCUUGUGCGCCGUGUGCUAUUCAGGCCUCUACAAUGACAUAUCCAAGCUGUCCGAGAACACUGAGCCUUUUGCACUCUCGAAUGAUCGAGAGCUGGACCUUGCCCACCUCAUUGAGUUUCUGAAAACGCUGCGCCGGCCUUGCACCAAUCGCUUUGCUUGUGGUACAACCGAGUAUCGCUUCGAUACGCCUGAAAAGUGCACUCGGUGUCGUAGCAUCGCGGUGGUGAAGGCCCUUCCUCGCCUGUCGUAUCGACUGUUGCAAAAACAUGGUAUUCAUUUACUCGUCAACCUUCAUCUCAAGUCUAGAUCGGGCAUUGAUCUGACCUUACUGAUAUGAUGUGUGGUGUUGCUUGCCCAGAGGUGCUGUUGAAUCGUUUCAAGUAGGCACGUCUUAUUGGAAUCGCCUUUCAAUAUAACUAUGUGGCCAUGGUCUGGUCAUGCCCGGUCGGAUGUGUCGACACCAGUUGCUUUUGGGGUUUGAAGUUUCAAGCCCCGUGCCCUUUCUUGCCAACACGAGUUGCAGAAAGGGUCGCCUCCGCUGGUCGCUUUUGUGCGUGUGUUUUGCGUAUCAAUGACACAGCGGCUUUGAUGCUCGUUUACUUUGUCAUGUUCUUGUGGCGUAUUCAGCUUCGCCACGUUCUCUCCUGAAUAUCGAUGGUGUUAUUGCAGUCCUGCACGAGUGGCUUUCUGUUAACGCUUUUUAGAGUUAGUUUCAUCCCCAAGUCGAUAAGCCGGGUUGUUAUCGAUAAGAAGAGGUGGUACACCACACUUGUGGCUGGGCGAUGUCGGUCAGCUUUUGACACGGCCUUCUCUCUCGGUUUCAUGUUGCAACGGUCUCUUUCUUCUUCCUCCCCUCCCCGCCCUUUCCAGACUUUUCAACGUCAAUUCAGACUCCUGAGAAC